UUCGACAGGAACAGGACCGGCGAGCUGAUCAAUCGACUCUCUGCAGAUACAGCUGUGGUGGGCCGCUCCAUCACGGACAAUCUUUCUGAUGGCCUGAGAGCUUUUGCCCAGGCAGCUGCUGGCGUCAGUAUGAUGGUGAGUGCAACCCUCAGGGUAGUUGAUCAUUAUAUAGUUUUUUUUAAAUUCAAAUUGCUGAAUGUUUUAUUGAUUAUUCAGUGAGCACAGACCUCCAACUGUAAGAGAACAGAAACAAUCAAGAAUCUUCAUGUCUUAAAGAAGGUCAAGUUUCAACCAAAUAAGAUUCACCAUAUAGUACAACUGCUGGCAUCCAUUUCUGAUUAGAUUUAACCGUGUUAAAUAGGAUUUUCCAUAUACAAUUGCUCAAAUGUUGUUUCCUUUAAACUUCUGUUCAUAUUAAUUAAGCUUUGACAAAGAAGUUAUUAUUUUUAAAUUCUACCAUUAUAAAUCACGGUGAUUUUUUUAGACGUGGAUAUUUUAUUAGGAUUUUUUUAACGACAUUGUACUUGUAAAUGUAUUAAUGGAAAAUAGCACACAAAGAAACAAAUAAACGAAAAGUCCAGAUGAAAAUAUAGUAACUCAAUAAAAAGGUUAGACAGAAUCAAAAGAUUCAAAUGUUUUUUUUGUACGGUAAGUCCUUCUUUCGUCAUGUUUCUAUAGAGCAUCUGUGGUUCUGUUGUGAACUUAAUGAAAUUAAAGUUCCCAAUUUAAUUUGCGAGGAAGCAUGUGACAUCUGCUGUUUGCCAGAAAUGUAACAUGGCUUCAGGAAGUCUCAGAAACACAAGUGUGUUGAAAGCAGUCUAAGGAAUUAAAGACCUUUUAUAUGCAUGUUACCCUAACCCAGUGAUUCUUAAUUAUUUUCUGUCAUGCCCCCCCAGGGGACAGAAAUGUAUUCAGGCCUCCUCCCCCACCGAUUUGAAAUACUAUUGAGAAACUGAUAAUAUCUAUUUAUUUAUCUGUAAUGUACAGGCUGAAGUCGAAACUGAAACCAAGAAAAUGCAAUCAAAUGGAGAGCUGUGAAGCAUACAAGUGUAAUCAAGAGUCAAACUGCAUGUUGAGUAUGAUUAAAUUUAUACAUCUUGGCAGGUCUGCACUAACACUGAAAGUACUCCCUGCCACUCACGCCCCCCCUGAAAGUCCACAGGCCCGCCACUCCCCAGGGGGGACCCGCCCCACAGUUUGACAAGCACUGCUCUAACCUGUUGGGAAACCGGUUUACAGAAAUCGAGGAAACAAGAUAUUGGGGCUUAGUAGCGUCACUUUCAUGUCAGCAUGUGGCUACCGUUUCUGUGGCUUUUCCACAAUGAGCAUGUCGCCAUGGUUACUAAUGCUGCAGAGCAGGUUACGUUAAGGAUACCUGCCAGUUCAUUGUUAUUAAAUUGCCUUAAAUGUUUUGCUGUAACCCUGACAAACCUUCAAAUACCCACCAUUGUUUUUGUCUAUACAGUAUAUUUUACCUAAGUGACAACCUCUCCAUGUUGGUCAUUUGUUAAACACAGCCUGCAGUGAAAAUUUCUACGUCUCGCCCAGCCUGGCGAGCUUCAUGCUGCUGAUUGUCCCUCCUUUGGCCGGCGUGGCUGUGGUCUAUGGCAGAUAUCUUCGCUCCAUUUCUAAGUGCACGCAAGACGCCCUGGCCCAAGCCACACAGUUGGCAGAGGAGCGCAUCAGCAACAUGAGAACAGUUCGAGCUUUUGGUAAAGAACUGUCCGAAGUCAACACCUACACACAGAAGACUGAUCAGGUCCUCAGCCUGGCCAAGAAGGAGGCUGUGAUGCGUGCUGCCUUCUUUGGAGCGACUGGCCUCAGCGGUAACAUCAUGAUCCUGUCUGUGCUGUACAAAGGAGGACUUCUCAUGGCCAGCCAGCACAUGACUGUGGGAGAACUCUCCUCAUUCCUUAUGUACACCUUCUGGGUGGGCAUCAGCAUUGCAGGGUUAAGUACAUUCUACACAGAGCUGAUGAAGGGUUUCGGUGCAGGAACAAGACUGUGGGAGCUGCUGGACAGAAAGCCUGAGUUCCCUCUUAAUGAAGGUCAAGUUCUCCCCCCAGACCAGCUGAAAGGCCGUUUGGAGUUUUGUGACGUCUCCUUUGCCUACCCGACCCGUAAAGAGGCUCCUAUUUUCCACAAUCUCAACCUGCUUGUGCCAGCUGGUACCAUCAUGGCUGUAGUGGGACCUAGUGGGUCUGGAAAAUCAACCCUGGUGUCACUGCUGCUCAGGCUUUAUGACGCUGAUUCAGGCAUCAUCACUGUGGAUGGCCAUGACAUCAGGGACUUGAAUCCCUACUGGCUCAGGAGUCACAUUGGCACCGUCAGCCAGGAGCCGGUGCUGUUCUCUUGUUCCAUUCGAGACAACAUUGCAUAUGGAGCAACAGACUCAGAUGCCGUGACCACUGAAGAAAUCUACAGGGCAGCCCAAGUGGCCAACGCAUACGACUUCAUCCAGGCUUUUCCUAAAGGCUUUGACACUGUGGUGGGGGAGAAAGGAGUGCUGUUGUCAGGUGGUCAGAAGCAGAGGAUAGCAAUUGCCAGAGCUCUUCUUAAGAAUCCGAAGAUCCUGCUGUUAGACGAGGCCACCAGUGCACUGGAUGCAGAGAAUGAGUUCCUGGUACAGGAGGCUUUAGAGAGACUCAUGGAAGGGAGGACUGUCCUCAUCAUUGCUCAUCGUCUCUCCACCAUCCAGAACGCCAAUGCAGUUGCAGUGCUGGACCAGCAUCGUGUAGCCGAAUGCGGCCAGCACGCAGAGCUUCUGGAAAACAAACAGGGACUCUUCCGGAAACUGAUGGAGAAGCAGGCUUUCCUGCAGGAGGACCAGAAACAGGCAAUGAGCUGAUUCUUGCCCAAUAGAUGAGAAUGAGGUGAGAAGAAUGGCUUUAUCACCACCAGAGGGCGUCACUGUGUGGGAGAUACAAGGGGAGGUGAAAGGGACCAAAAAAAAAAGAUAAGUAGGCCCGUGAUAUGCUGCAAGUGUCCUUUUCACCAAGCAACAAGGCUGUGAAGAACAUAAACAAGCACUAGCUAGUUACUAGCUGAGUUGUAUGUCAUUCUACACUGAGAGAAGAAAAUGCUUAGCGAUGCUUCUCAAAGGAGACACCUGUGGUUUUAAAACCCUGUCAUAGUGGAUGUAUACCAUAAUAUAUUCAGGUACACGACACAACAUGUAAAUGUGCAACUAAAACACCUCUCUUUUGGAGAUGCACUGUAAGUGUCCCAGCGCUCUUCAUUUUCACAGCUAAACCAAAAUAAGGAAGUAGGAUGUGAACCUCCGACUAAAUGUGUAUUUAUGUUGUUAUUGUUUAUAUUUUGGUGGCUGAUUUAACUUGAAGCUCACGCAUAGAGCCUUUUAGAGAGUUUAAACUAUAGUGAUAUGAUGCAACCAUGUAUGGAUGUGUCGAUAAAACGAGAACACUAUUCUGACAUAAAAAGGACAACAAUUUUUUUUCUAUGGAAAAAAAUGAACAUGUGUGUCUUAAUUCACCCUUAUCUCCUAGUUUAGUACUAUAAUAAUACACAAGUGCCAAAUCGGUUUGUAUUGAGAUUUAGUUAUGAGAGUUUAUAUUUUGGUACUUUGGUUAACCUAUUAGAAACAGGGUGUCAUUUUCACGUAUUCUCACAUAAUGCCUGUUAUGAUGUGGCACAACAUACAGUGGAGCCUCCAAAGUCAAGCACAAUCAGUUUCGAGAUGCUGGGCCGUCUGAUUUGUCUCACAGGAAUAAUACAGGUUAAUACAGGGUGGGCCAUACGUUUCCAUAAAUCGGAAAAAUAAUCAUUCAUGUUGGACAGCUGUGUUUAUUUCGAUCAUGUGCUCUAUAUGAUUACCAUUGUUUCGAAAAUACGUUACGUGUUUUCCACUGUUGAUGAACUUGCAUUAGUGCAGCUGAAGUUAUGCUUGUGAUGGCGUUGGUGAUAUGUUCCUUGAGAUGAUUUUUGUCUCAUAUUUUCCCCUGAUACAUCAUGGCCUUCAAGUGCUCCCACAGAUAGAAAUCAAGAGGGGAGCGAUCUGGGGAUCUGAUUAGAAACAUAAGAAAAUAUACAUUAUACAUUUUCCUAUGUACAGAAACGUAUGGCCCACCCUGUAAAAAUAAUCAGUUCCAGGGUCAAACCUUUGCCAUCAAAAAGCCUUUAUUAACCUUAUGUUGAAUGUUUUUAUCAACAUUUUCACAUCAAGGUGAGGAACAAGUCACACUUUUUGGCGUUCUUAACUGUCAUACAAGUGUAAAAAUAAGUUAAUCGCAGAAUGGCAAAACUUAACAAACAAUUUAGGAACUUAUCUUUAACUUUGAUGUUGUGUGACGUCUGUGUGACAGAAGAGCUAAGAGGGGGGUUACUGGCUGUGUGGCACAGUUGACUAUGUGGUCUAAAUUCAGUCUACAUUUGUUCAUUAACGUGUUGUUUCGUCAGCCAUACUAUCCUGAGCAGACAGGACUGAAGUUGUAGCCCGAUUUUCGAUGUCACAGAAAGUUUCGAUUCCGAUUCUAGGGUAGCCGUCCAUCCAUUUUCUAUACCCCUUGUCCUCAUUAGAGUAAGCUGGAGCCUAUCCCAGAGAAGCAGGGUACACCCUGGAAUGGGCGCCAGCCAAUCACAGGGCACAUAGACAAACAGCUAUUAACACUCACCUUCACAACUAUGGACAGUUUAGAGUCUACAGUUAACCUAACAUGCAUAUUUUUGACAUAUCAGAGGAUGUGAGCUGUUCGGACUCUUGGUGCUGACUGCAGCCAACAUACUAACCACUAGGCCACCAUGUGGCCCGACUAGAGGGUAUCAUCACACCUUUUCCCCUUUGCCAUCACCAAACGCCAAAAUAAGCAAAACAAACGUGUGGAGUUGAUCCUUUAAAUCCCGCUGAACUGAAGUCUCACAAGAUUUGCUGCCGAUACAACUUUUUCACUUCAUUAUUGCAGCCUUAAGUAUCAACUGAUACCGAUAUCAAUCCGAGCACGAUUCACACCUACUUGUGUUACUUAUUUUGUAGUGUGGAAUGUUACAAAAAGCUCAAUCGAUUGAUAUUACUCAAACAGAUCACAAUAGUCAGCAAUAGUAGGUGUGAGGAAAAUCUUGCUUUCUCGUGCUUUGCGGCUGUUUCGGACAGCGUAGCGGGGGCCGGAGGUUUGUUUUUUUUGCCUGCAUGGCCUUGUGAGGAUCCUUAUGCUGUAUUAUGUGGUCCUGCUUCGGAUGUGCGAUGAGGGUGGUCGUGUUAAACAUUCCCAGUUGUGUGCCACCACGGAGGACUUGUACAUGCUGUUGUUUUGCACUUGGCUGCAAUCUCUUUUUCAGACUUCAACGUUGCUCCUCCUCCUUUGUUAGAUUAUAUUCCUUGCAUGUUAGCACAUGUUAUUGUUGUGAUCACGUGGGGUCUAUCGGGCGCUGCUGGAUAGAAGUGCUGGAGCUGAGUCUGGAAUGGACUGCUAGAUCUAUAUGAUCCAGUUGUUGGGUUUUUUGUUGUUGUUGUUUUUUUUUUUUUUUUUUGCUGAGAUCGGACUGAUAUCCAAUAUGGGAACAGGACACCGCUAUUGUCAUGUGGUUUCACCCUCAUGGUUUUGUGUAACUUUACAGGCUUAUUUUGGGGGGCAUUUGACUUUGGAGGGUCUGCUGUAUAUAAAAUGUAGUUAAGUCCAUGAAAAAAAAAAUGUUAAAAGUUUAAGCCAACAGCCGUUUAUGUAAAAAUUUGAGCAAACCCUGAAGUGCAUACAAAUUUGAUCAAAAGUCUUGUUAAUUUUAAAAAAAAUAAUUAUAUUUUAGUUGUAACUGUGGUCCAUACUACCACUUUGGAACUUUAUUGUGCUUACUCAGAAACUUCAGAAGCUUCAGUAGAAAUACACCAUAUUCCUUCAGGACAAAUUAGAGAAAUCUACUCAUCAUUCUCUACGAAAUAUGUUGCAUUUUCGACUCAGUUUCUUCUCUGCCCAGCCUCGACAAUCACACUAACUUUACAUGAGCUGCUUUUAACUCACAGCUCACUUGUGAUAAACACGGCUAAUGGAAGAACGAAUGGAGGAUAAAAAUGAUAUUAUAAAGUUGUCUGCUCACUUGUUUCCUUUGAUUUAUGUUAAAUACUGCACUAAACAGAGAUCAGUAAAAAAAAAAUAUUUUAAUCUUUGUUUUGAAGGCUGUUGCCUUGGCACGUAUUUCUCAGAAACUAUCCUCCAAUUACUGUUUUAUUGUAAAAGUGCUUAAAAUCAUGGUGAAGGUUGAACUUUAUUAAUGUAUUUAAUAUUUAGUAUAUUGAAGUUGUCAUCUGCACAUAAAUCAGAAGUUCUUUAAUGUGUUUUUCUGUCUCCUUGUGACAUGUUUUAUUGUAAAACAUACUUAAAAAUAAGCAUUAGAACAUUACAUUAGUCCCUCACGAUAGGCCAUGUUUCCUCACUCACUCUGAACUCACUUUUAACACUGAAGGUGCUUGUAAACGUGAUAAAUGUGUUAUUUCUAUAUGUAUGUCAUUGGUUUCGAAAUAAUAUGAGCUAAAUUAUAUAUGCUAGGUUUUAAUUCAUGUUUUGAUAAAUUAUUAUAGUUUUGUGGGAAAGAAUAAAGUGAAAUAUGUGUGGAUUUUAAGGAAAUGUGUGAGCUUUUGUGAAGUGUUUCGCAGUUUUGGCGUCAGCGAGCGUGUGGUGCAGUUCCUCAGUCUGGCACUAAGUGGUGCUCUGGCUCAAGAUACAACGAAACAUUACAGUAAUUGGAGCGUGUGCAGCUAUUG